AUUGAGAAAAGGCCAAGGUACAGGUUUGCUGUCCAAAAAUAAAUCGACCUAUGGUUAUUCGGUUGAAGGUUGUAACGAGGAGCAUUGGCGAUUGUGAACCUUUUUUUCCCAGGCGGUUUUAGGUCACCAUUUCGAUUAAUCACGCAAAAACGCGUUUGCCCAAUGAAAGUACCCCAUCUUGCGACAGCAGGCAGUAGUUGAGCAUACCCUCCAAAUCCAGCAUACGCCACUGUUUGUGUUUGAGGAAUGCGGGGUGAGUGGUACUCGCUGCUACACGAGCUGUAUUUAUACACCACCGCAUCGGCCAAUUACACCUUGACCUCGCCAAGACUGACCAUGAAGAGAAGUCGGCAUCCAAGCAGCAGUGAAGAAGACUCUGAUAAUGGAAGUAACUCCACUUCCUGGUCCCAACAUUCUCAACCCAGGAGAGCCAAUUGGAAGAAGCCCUCAGAAGUGUUCAGGACAGACUUCAUCACGGCCAUGAAGCUCCAUGACACGUACCAACUGAACCCUGAGGAAUACUACGUCCUGGCAGAUCCCUGGAGACAGGAGUGGGAGAAGGGAGUCCAGGUCCCUGUCAGCCCUCACACCAUCCCCCAGCCUGUAGCCCGGGGAGUGGCUGAGCGGGGGAUGGAGGUGAUGUUCUCGACGCCUAAGAAGUGGAUCCGUUCGGGGUGUUCAGGGGCGCUGGGGUACGUGGACAUCCAGACCCUGGCUGAGGGGACGUGUCGUUACGACCUCAACGACACUGACGUGGCCUGGCUGGAGCUCAUCAACCAGCAGUUCACUCUGAUGGGCAUGGUGCUGCUGGACGAGAUGACCAUGGAGAGAGUGAUGGAGGAGUUUGAGAGGCGUUGCUAUGACAGAAUGAGCCAUGCCAUGGCAACGGAGGAGGGGCUUGGCAUGGAGUACGACGAGGAUGUUGUGUGUGACAUCUGUCGGUCACCUGACAGCGAGGACAACAACGAGAUGGUUUUCUGUGACAAGUGCAACAUCUGUGUUCACCAGGCGUGUUAUGGGAUUCUGAAGGUGCCAAAGGGAAGCUGGCUGUGUCGGACCUGUGACCUCGGCAUCUCGCCAAAAUGCCAACUCUGCCCCAAGAAGGGCGGGGCCAUGAAACCCACUCGCAGCGGAACAAAGUGGGUUCACGUCAGCUGUGCCCUGUGGAUCCCCGAGGUGAGCAUUGGGAACCCAGAGAAGAUGGAGCCGAUCACCAACAUGUCCCACAUCCCUAGUAACAGAUGGGCUCUGACCUGCUGUCUCUGUAAAGACCAGACUGGAGCCUGUAUACAGUGUUCAGCAAAGAGCUGUCGGACAGCAUUCCAUGUGAGCUGUGCCUUACAGAGCAGCCUGGAGAUGAACACCAUCCUGACAGAGCAGGAUGAGGUCAAGUUCAAAUCCUUUUGCCCCAAACACUCUGGUCUGAAGGGAGGACAGGACGGAGAGGGGGAGGAGGGAAAGGAGGGGACCAGAGACGAGAAGUGGCGGAAGAGCGACAGAGUCAGACGUGAUGAAGUUCCACUCCCCGUCCCCCAGGAGGAGAGCAGGGUGAACCAGCAGGCGGUGAACCUGCGUCAGAUCAAACUGCAGCAGCUGGAGGAGCAGUUCUACCAGUUUGUUGACGUUAAGGAGGUAGCCAAUCACCUGCAGUUGCCCCAGGAAACAGUAGACUUCCUGUAUCAGUACUGGAAGCUGAAGCGCCGAGCCAAUCACAGCCAGCCAUUGCUGACCCCCCAGAAGGAGGAGGAGGAGAGUCUGGCUAGGAGAGAGCAUGAUGUCCUCCUUCACCGCCUACAGCUGUUCACUCACCUCCGCCAGGAUCUGGAGAGGGCGCGUAACCUGACCUACAUGGUGACGCGGAGGGAGAAGAUAAAGAGGACUCUGUGGAGGAUCCAGGAACAGAUCUUCACUCAUCAGGCCGAGCUGCUGGACCAUGAGAUCAUCAACGGGUUAAGAUUGAAUCAUACUACACCGGCUCCGACACUCGUCGGAUGUGGCAGGACUUGCAAACUAUUACAGACUACAAAGGGAAGCAUAGCCGCGAGCUGCCCAGUGACAUGAGCCUACCAGACGAGCUAAAUAAUUUCAUGCUCGCUUCGAGGCAAGCAAUACUGAGGCGUGCAUGAGAGCAACAGCUGUUCCGGACGACUGUGUGAUCGCGCUCUCCGUAGCCGACCUUUAAACAGGUCAACAUUCACAAGGCUGCGGGGCCAGACGGAUCACCAGGACGUGUGCUCCGGGCAUGUGCUGACCAAUUGGCAGGUGUCUUCACUGACAUUUUCAACAUGUCCAUGAUUGAGUCUGUAAUGCCAGUAUGCUUCAGACCACCAUAGUCCCUGUACCCAGAACACAAAGGCAACUUGCCUAAAUGACUACAGACCCAUGGCACUCACGUCCGUAGCCACGAAGUGCUUUGACAGGUUGGUAAUGGCUCACAUCAACACCAUUAUCCCAGAAUCUCUAGACCCACUCCAAUUCGCAUACCGCCCAAACAGAUCCACAGAUGAUGCAAUCUCUAUUGCACUCCACACUGCCCUUUCCCACCUAGACAAAAGGAACACCUAUGUGAGAAUGCUAUUCAUUGACUACAGCUCAGCGUUAAACACCAUAGUACCCUCAAAGCUCAUCACUUAGCUAAGGAUCCUGGGACUAAACACCUCCCUCUGCAACUGGAUCUUGGACUUCCUGACGGGCCGCCCCCAGGUGGUGAGGGUGGGUAGCAACACAUCUGCCACGCUGAUCCUCAACACUGGAGGGUGUGUGCUCAGUCCCCUCCUAUACUCCCUGUUCACCCACGACUGCAUGGCCAGGCCCGACUCCAACACCAUCAUUAAGUUUGCUGACGACACAAGUGUUAGGCCUGAUCACCGACAACGCUGAGACAGCCUAUAGGGAGGAGGUCAGAGACCUGGCAUUGUGGUGCCAGAAUAACAAUCUAUCCCUCAACGUAACCAAGACUAAGGAGAUGAUUGUGGACUACAGGAAAAGGAGCACCGAGCACACCCCCAUUCUCACCGACGGGGCUGUAGUGGAGCAGGUUGAGAACUUCAAAUUCCUUGGUGUCCACAUCAACAACAAACUAGAAUGAUCCAAACACACCAAGACAGUCGUGAAGAGGGCACGACAAAGCCUAUUCCCCCUCAGGAAACUAAAAAGAUUUGGCAUGGGGCCUGAGAUCCUCAAAAGGUUCUACAGCUGCAACAUCGAGAGCAUCCUGACAGGUUGCAUCACUGCCUGGUGCGGCAACUGCUCAGCCUCCGACCGCAAGGUACUUCAGAGGAUAGUGCAUACAGCCCAGUACAUCACUGGGGCAAAGCUGCCUGCCAUCCAGGACCUCUACACCAGGCGGUGUCAGAGGAAGGCCCUAAAAAUUGUCAAAGACCCCAGCCACCCCAGUCAUGGACUGUUGUCUCUACUACCGCAUGGCAAGUGGUACCAGAGUGCCAAGUCUAGGACAAAAAGGCUUCUCAACAGUUUUUACCCCCAAGCCAUAAGACUCCUGAACAGAUAACCAAAUGGUUACCCGGACUAUUUGCAUUGUGUGCCCCGACCAACCAGUGCUCCCGCACAUUGGCUAACCGUGCUAUCUGAACUGUGUCCCACCACCCGCCAACCCCUCUUUUUAUGCUUCUGCUACUCUCUGUUCAUCAUAUAUCCAUAGUCACAUUUUAAUGAUACCUACAUGUACAUAUUACCUUAAUCAGCCUGACUAACAGGUGUCUGUAUAUAACCUUGCUACUCCUUUUUCAAAUGUCUUUGUUGUUUUAUUUCUUUACCUACCUACACACACACACACACACAUACCUUUUUUCUCCGCACCAUUGGUUAGAGCCUGUAAGUAAGCAUUUCACUGUAAGGUCUACUACACCUGUUGUAUUCGGCGCACGUGACAAAUAAACUUUGUUUUGAUUCUGGAAGGUUCUCCCAUCUCCACAGAGGAAUUCUGGAGCUCUGUCAGAGUGACCAUCGGGUUCUUGGUCACCUCGAGGCACAGAUCUGGGGAAGAGUACCAAAAAAUAUCUGCAGCAUUGAAGGUCCCCAAGAACACAGUGGUCUCCAUCAUUCUUAAAUGGAAGAAGUUUGGAACCACCAAGACUCUUCCUAAAGCUGGCCAUCCAGCCAAACUGAGCAAUCUGGGGAGAAGGGCCUUGAUCAGGAACAUAAUAGUCACUCUGAGAGAGUUCCUCUAUGGAGAUGAGAGAAUCUUCCAGAAGGACAAUCAUCUCUGCAGCACUCCACCAAUCAGGCCUUUUAUAGUAGUGUGGCCAGACGGAAGCCACUUGGAGUUUGCCAAAGUCACCUAAAGAGAAACAAGAUUCUCUGGUCUGAUGAAACCAUGAUUGGCCUGAAUGCCAAUUUUCACUUCUGGAGGAAACCUGGCACCAUCCCUAUGGUGAAGCAUGGUGGUGGCAGCAUCAUGCUGUGGGGAUGUUUUUCAGCGGCAGGGACUGGGAGACUAGUCAGGGUCGAGGGAUGGAUGUUCUGUUCUGAUUCUAAAUUGGAUGGAUGUUCUGAUUCUAAAUGGGAUGGAUGUAGGGUAUGUAAACAUUAUAUUAGGUAGCAUUGUUUAAAGUGGCUAGUGAUAUAUUUUACAUUUCCCAUCAAUUCCCAUUAUUAAAGUGACUGGAGUUGAGUCAGUGUGUUGGCAGCAGC